AUGCGUCUGCUCGUUUUGGCGACUUUGUUUGGAGUCUUUCUGGACGCAGGAGAUGUCCUUCAGAUCCAGUGUUACCAGUGUGAGGAGAUGAACCAAAACGACUGCUCGACACCGGAGUAUAUCGUCAACUGCACGGUCAAUGUACAGGACAUGUGCCAGAAGGAGGUGCUGAUCAAACCUGAUGGGAUACAUUAUCGGAAGUCCUGCGCCUCCUCCGGUGCCUGCCUCAUCGCCUCCUCCGGUUACCAGCAGUUCUGCACCGGCAAGCUGAACUCUGUGUGCAUCACCUGCUGCAACACGCCGCUCUGCAACGGCCCCAAGAGGAAGCGUCCCGUCCCGUCGACGGGAACAACGAACCGCUCCCUUCUCUGCCUGUUGAUGCUGACGUUCCUUCCGCUCAUGUAGACGCUCCGUCACAUCUUCACCGUACGGUUCAUUCGACUA